CAAGCGACUACUCCCGUCCUGAAUCGGCUCAGUACAGUUCAGUUCGGUCGUUGGGGAAAGACGUUUGCGCAAACUUUUGUUGAUCCCAGUUCCCAGUUGGGAUUGUGAUCGAGAUGGUUGUUUUAGCGGCGACCCUGGUGUUGGCCACCGUUGGGCUGAUUUGGUUCCUGUAUCAACGCUUUGGAAAUUUGAUUUAUUACGGGGAAAAGUUGCCGGGACCUCCGGCUUAUCCGUUGAUCGGGAAUGGGGGCAGAUUUUUGAACAAAUCUACUGCAGAGUUUCUUAUCGAGCUGGGAAAUAUUAUCAAGGAAUACGGGAAGUGUUGCCGAAUUUGGCUCGGAACUGAUCUACUCGUUCUGGUGACGGACGCUAAAAUCGCUGAAACGAUCCUCAGCAGCCCAAAAUAUCUGGACAAAUCGAUCGAGUACGAUUUCGUGCGACCCUGGCUGGGAGAUGGAUUACUUACCAGCACCGGAAGAAAGUGGCACUCCCGGAGGAAGAUCAUCACCCCAACGUUCCAUUUCAAAAUUAUGGAACAAUUCGUGGAGACAUUCGAUCAACAGAGUACCAUUUUUGUGCAACAACUAAAGGAAAAAGCUGAGAGUGGUCAGGCGUUCGAUAUCUAUCCGUACGUGACACUCUGUGCGCUGGAUGUUAUUAGUGAAACGGCCAUGGGGACGAAAGUGGAUGCGCAACUGAAUUCCGAUUCCGAAUACGUGCGAGCUGUUAAAGACAUGGCUCAUGUGGUUCAUCAGCGGUUUUUCAAUCCUUUGGCUCGAUUCGAUAUUACCUUUAAGUUUACCCAUUUUUACAAGAUGCAAACCCGUGCCCUCAAGGUGAUGCACGGUUAUACAGAUAGCGUUAUUAAAUCGCGCAGGAAAGAAUUCGGAUCCGGUCAAAGUUUGUUGGAUGAGAGCUUCGAUGGUGUUGGAUCUCGUAGAAAAAUUGCAUUCCUGGACAUGUUGCUAGCUACUCGAGUAGACGGCAAACCGUUGGAUGAUUUGGAGAUCCGGGAAGAAGUGGACACUUUCAUGUUCGAAGGGCAUGAUACAACGGCAUCAGCCAUAGGUUUUCUUUUGCGGGCCCUGGCGGAAUAUCCGGAAGUUCAACAGAAGGUGUAUGACGAGAUACUGGAAGUCGCCGGCAAUGAUAUCAACACCCCGAUGACGUUGAAAAUGUUGAACGAGCUCAACUAUUUAGAUCAAACCAUUAAGGAGAGCCUCCGUAUGUGGGCUACAGUUCCCCUCUAUGGUCGGAGAAUGAUGGAAAAUUACGACAUCAAUGGUAGGAUUUUCCCGGCGGGAACUAACGUACUUUUCUUUCCCUACUUCAUGAACAAUGAUCCGGAAUAUUUCGACAAGCCGGACGAAUUUCGUCCGGAAAGGUUUGCAGCCGAAACUUCGGCCGAAAAGACCAAUCCCUACCAGUAUAUUCCGUUUAGCGCUGGACCAAGGAAUUGUAUUGGGCAGAAGUUUGCGAUAGCUGAAAUCAAAAGUCUGAUCAGCAAAACUUUGCGUCACUACGAGUUGCUUCCAUCGGGAGUUGCAAAAGAUCCAACGAAGAGUACCAUCGUUGCUGAGCUGGUCCUAAGGGAUGAUGCUGGACUGCUCGUUAAGCUUCGUAAAAGAUCUUAGAAAGUUUUUGGUGCCGGUUUUGGUGAACUAGAACUUCCUGUUUCUCGAAAAGUAAAUUUAAGAACAGAUUAAAUGCAAUGGACACGAUAAAUAGUUGAACCACCCAUGACCGAUAGGAACUGUCGAAGCUUUGAGAUUAUAUUAUGGAAGGAUGGGAAACUUGUUGACUGCA